UUUUGAGAUAAAAGAAAGUGUCGUCAAAAUGUUGGUCUGGUUCGGUUUUUGUCUGGAGUGAUUUGCCUUCGACCUAACCGACGACCUUCACAAACGAAUGUUCUUCAAUCUCUCUUCCAAUUCCCCACAAUUUUUCUCUUCAAAAUUCCAAUUCCAAACAUAGUAAUGUCCCCAUCAUCUUGUUCCUUAGAAUCUCAUUCUUCUGUUGAAUUCCAAUUCAACAUCACUGUGUUUUUUUCAACUUGAUUGAUCACACGAAAUGCCAUGCUUUCUUCAACCACUUAACCUAAACCCCAUCACUCCAAUUUCAUCUGGGUUUUCUCUAUAUCACCAAAAGACAUGAUCUUUGCUAAAAUCGCAUCCUUUUACUCACAAUCCCCACUUUCUUCUACUCCCCCAAACAACAAUCUCAGAAUCUCUUCCUCUCUUCAGGAUUUCUCUUCUUAUUCCCAUUUGAAACAACCCCUUGAAUCAGUAACAACAACAACAACAAUACCAACCACUUCUCGGAAGAAAUGCAUCAAAGCAAUCAGGCUUGUAAUUUUACUCACAUUGUUUCUUUUACUCGCAUACUUGUUUUUUAUGUUUGUUUUCUCUUUUUGGAAUAUUGGCUCUGGUAAAUACUAUGUUGUGCUUGAUUGUGGAAGUACCGGAACUCGCAUUUAUGUGUAUAAUGCUAACAUUCAAUAUAAGAGACAUAGUAGUCUUCCUAUAGCAAUUAAGUCAUUGAGAGAUGGCUUGCAUAAGAAGCCUACCGGUCGCGCUUACGAUCGAGUGGAAACUGAACCUGGGAUUGAUAAGUUGGUUUACAAUGUGUCUGGUUUGAGAACUGCUUUGAAACCAUUAGUUAGGUGGGCGAAGAAGCAGAUACCGGUUCAUGCUCAUAAGAGUACUUCUGUGUUCCUUUAUGCUACUGCUGGUGUUAGGAAACUUCCUAGGAAGGAGUCUAAGUGGUUGUUAGAUCAUGCUUGGUCUGUGAUCAAGGAUUCUCCCUUUAUGUGUAGGAAGGAUUGGAUUAAGAUUAUUUCUGGUACCGAGGAAGCUUAUUUUGGGUGGAUUUCGCUUAAUUAUCAUAGUGGUAUUUUGGGUGUUAAUCCUAGGAAGGCGACUUAUGGUGCACUUGACUUGGGGGGAUCGUCGUUGCAGGUUACUUUUGAGAGUGAUCAACAAAUUAAUAGUGAAACUAGUUUGUAUGUUAAGAUUGGAUCGGUGAAUCAUCAUCUGACUGCCUAUUCUCUUGAGGGUUAUGGUCUCAAUGAGGCGUUUGGGAAGUCUGUGGUGCAUCUGUUUAAGAAAGAGUUUGGAUCAUUAGCCAAUGCAGAAAAGGCUGGUAAAGAUAUAGAGCUCAAGCAUCCUUGUUUGCAGUCUGGAUACAAGGGUCAGUACGUGUGCUCUCGUUGUGACAAAAUUGGAAGUAUUGGCGAUGAGAAACAAUUGAGUAAGCAAGGAGGGUCGGGAACUCCGUUAGUGCUUGUUGGUGCUCCUAAUUGGCAACAAUGCAGUGCACUUGCGAAAGUUGUCGUCAAUUUGUCUGAAUGGUCCAAUCUCAGUCCAGGACUUGAUUGUGCAGUGACGCCUUGUGCUUUGCGAGAUAAUCUCCCUCGCCCGUAUGGCCACUUUUAUGUGAUUUCUGGUUUUUAUGUUGUAUAUCGGUUUUUCAACUUGACUUCUGAUGCCACACUUGAUGAUGUGUUGAAAAAGAGUGAAGAGUUUUGUGAGAAAAGAUGGGAUGUUGCCAAGGAAAGUGUUGUGCCCCAGCCCUUUAUUGAGCAGUACUGCUUCAGGGCACCAUACAUUACUUCACUGCUAAGAGAGGGUUUGCGCAUUAAUGAUAACCAAAUUUCUGUUGGAUCUGGCAGCAUCACUUGGACACUUGGGGUUGCCUUAUUAGAAGCUGGGAGGGCAUAUUCCACUGGAUUCGGCCUUCGUAACUUUGAAUUGUUCCAGAUGAAAAUAAGUCCUCUUGUUCUUAUUGCCAUUUUGUUGUUUUCUUUUAUUGUCCUUCUUUGUGCUUUAUCAUUAGUUGGCAAUUCGAAUUGGAUGCCAAGGUUUUUCCGGAGGCAAUAUCUUCCCAUGUUCAGGCAUGACACUGUUUCCGGUGCUUCUGUUCUUAAUAUUCCAUCUCCUUUUAGGUUUCAACGAUGGAGUCCAAUGAGAUCUGUGGAUGAAAGAAUAAAGAUGCCGCUCAGCCCAACAGUUGCAAGUUCAAGUGGAAGCCCAUUUGGCCUGGGGCGUGGUUUUGGUUAUAACAAUGGUGGCAUCCAGCUUGUCGGGUCUUCUUUGUACCCAUCAUCUAGUGGCGUCUCACAUAGUUAUUCUUCAAAUAGUUUAGGACAGAUGCAGUUUGACAGUAGCGGCAGUAACAUGGGUGCCUUCUGGCCUCCCAAUAGACGUCAGAUGCGUCUGCAGAGUAGAAGAUCACAGUCUCGAGAAGACCUGAGUUCCCCAGUGGCUGAAGCACACCUGGUGAAGGGUUAAGGCAUCAUUUUCUGGAAAUAUUGAGGUAUUUUGUCAUGGAGAUAACUGAAACUGAAGAUGCAUGCAAUCUGAUCAGUUGAUUCCAAGUGAAUUCACUUCUCAUGAAGCUCACUUCUAAACUGGAUUCCUCCACAAGUUGCAUAUAUAGCUCAAACAAGUACUUGUUCUAGGGACUAACAUCUCUAAGUACUUUUUCUGCCGCUCAUAAGCUUUUGGAAGUGAAGUAAAGCAUAUCAAAAGACUAACAUGCAAAGGAAUGGAUCUGUUUCAUCAUAUUUAGACAUCUUAACUUUUCCUAUAUCAUUCUUUACAUUAAUUCAGUGUCAUUACUACAGAGAAUGUUGUCUCGUUUCAUAGGUGACUGUAACCAAUUGGAAAGGAUGUAAACACAGUUCAAUACUCAUAUCUUAUACAUCUAAUAUGCUAUUGAAUUUGUUUUUAA